UAUAUUAUAUGAAAAGCACAAAGGGUUGAUCAUAGAGCUAGAAAUAGGCUAAUUCUAAAUAACUGUAUUUCUAUGGGGUUUCUCCUUAGUUGGUAGCCAAAUAUUAUAUGGAUCUAUGCUGACCCCUUGAGGUGAUAUGAGGUAAAACUUCAUUCUUGCCUGUCUCAGAGUAUACUGAACUGUGAAUGAAAGCUAGUGUGGUAUUAUUGUCUGAUAGCUACCCUGUUAUUUUUUCAUGAAAAACAAUGUGUAUAUUGGCUUUUUUAUAAUGACCUUGCCAAAAGAAUGUACAGAGUAUGCACAGUAGCCUAUACCAAGUAAGUAUGAUAAUGGUGGCUUGUGAUUUCCUCAGCAUAUCACAUAUUGUACUUUCUUGUAGCCUUCUCUCCCUCUGUUUGUGUGUGUGUGUUUAUAGAUAACAUCUAUCCCACCUGGUCAGAGGGUGCUGCUGGGCACUGGUUAUUUAGUAAACAUACAGGCUUCUAAUGAAAUGAGUAGUUUUUUCAGACCAGUGACAGUAAAGGAACAUGGAUAAAAUGGACAUUAACAGAAAAUCAAUGGCCAGACUGCACAAGGCUAAAGUUAUGAUUGCUGGAGAACAACUGAGGUUGAGGCUACAUGAUGGCAAACUGAUCAAGGAUCGACGGUACCAUCUGCGCACUUACCCCAACUGCUUUGUGGCCCAAGAGCUUACAGACUGGCUGAUCAGCAACAAGGAAGCUCCCGAUCGGGCCACAGCGGUCUGCCUCAUACAACACCUGAUGGACCAUGACAUUGUGCACCAUGUUUGUGACAAGCACCCUAUGUUCAAGGAUGCAAAAUUGCUGUACCGUUUCCGUAAGGAUGAUGGCACAUUUCCAUUUAACACCGAGGUGAACGUCUUCAUCCGAGGACAACAAUUGUAUGAGCAUCUAAUAACUGGCAGAGACUCCAUUCUGCAACUAAGGGAGGAGCAAGGUGUUGCAUACCAGCGCUCCAUCCCUGGCUGCCAGUUGAUCGACUGGUUGUUACAGAAUGGAGAGACAGAGAGCAGGCGCCAGGGUUUGGAGUUCUGCCGUGCUUUGCUGGAGCAUGGCAUCAUUCAGCAUGUGGCAAAGAAGUACGACUUCUUUGACAGUAGAUUACUGUAUCAGUUCUGCAUCAAUUUUUGCCGCCGGCGCCACCUGUCUGAGCUCUUGAAUGAAACUGAGCGAGACAAAAAGGAAGGCGUAUCAGUGCAUGCACUGGAGGACAACCAUGCAGACAGCCCCUUUGUCCUGCCCAAGAUCCCCCCACAAGAGGAAUGCAGUGGGUUUCAAUCUGCAGUGCAGCCCAAUAAACCAUUGAAGAUGAUAUCCAAUGUGCAUCAGGCCAGUUUGAAUUCUCUGCAGCUACAUGCUAGUGGAUAUUUACCCCCUGCCACACUCUCCUCUGCCCCAGUGGUGAGAUGCAAUCCAAAAUCAGUGCUUAAGAGGAAUGUGACAUGUGAGGAGCUACUGUCCCCUGGUGCACCCUUCAUCAAGAGAGUGUUGACGGUGAUGGGAGAUGCAGUGGGCUGGGGCUUUGUGAUCAGAGGUAUGGCUCCAGUUUACGUCCAGGCAGUUGAUCCUGGAAGCCCUGCUGCUGCAGCAGGGGUUAAGGUGCGUCAGUUUGUUUGCCAGGUGAAUGGGCGAAGCGUUCUUCACCUGGAUUACCGCCAGGUCACCAGAUUGGUGAUGACCGGACCUCGCACUGUUGUGUUGGAGGUCAUGGAACCACUGGGGUGACUUGAAGUGCCUUCAAAAUCCUCCAAAAUCAGCCUCCAAAAUCUCCUGAACUAACUAAACUAUUGUGUGCUGUGUGCCAAAUGGGAAAGUUGUGGUAUCUUUGGCUGCAUUUAGACAGGCAGCCCAAUGAUGAUCUUAUCCACUAAUUGGUCUCUCUUCCACUCUGAUCUCUUUAGUUUGUGACAAGCACCCUAUGUUCAAGGAUGCAAAAUUGCUGUACCGUUUCCUUAAGGAUGAUGGCACAUUUCCAUUUAACACCGAGGUGAACGUCUUCAUCCGAGGACAACGAUUGUAUGAGCAGUAAGAACUACUUUGUUCACCCUGGGGGGUCUCUAUCUCGUAGGAACAAGUGCCCUUGCAGAGGACAAGCCUAUCUUAGGGUAGCCACAUCAUCUGUAUUAUGUUCUCAGUACUGUGUACUUUUGACCAAUCAAACCAGAUCUUUUCACAUCAGAGCUUUUUCAGCACUGAUCUGAUUGGUCAAAAGAUCAAUUACUGAAAAAAUAUUAGGAUUGGGCUGCCUGUCUAAACCCAGCCCUUGUAGCCUACAAAGAGAUCUGUAAACUACUUCCAAUUUCUUAUGUCUUGAAAUAAAAAUUAUCGCAGUGCAUGGCUUUGUUGUUGCGCAUCAAUGGCUGUAGAUCGCUGAGUUGUAGAUUCGGCCUGUUAAAUAUUAUUACGUCUAUUCAUGAUGUAGCUACAGUAGCUAGCCUAGAGAGAGAAAAAAUACAUACUGAAAAUAAAUAUAAACGCAACA